UAUGUAAAUCAUAUUCUCUCUUGAAUUAAAUCAACAACAAAAAAAAUGAGAAAUGAAGUGAGUAGUGCAUUGCCGGAGAAAAGUUCAUCUCCGGCAAAGGACUACCACGAGCCACCGCCAGCGCCAUUCAUUGGCGCGGCGGAGCUAAAAAAAUGGGCCUUGUAUAGGGCCUUAAUUGCAGAGUUUGUAGCAACUCUUUUGUUACUUUACAUUGGAAUGUUAACCAUAAUGGGAAAUGUGAGUGAAAGAGCAAAGAAUGAUGAUCCAUGUAGUGGUGUUGGGCUUCUUGGUAUUGCUUGGGCCCUUGGUGGCAUGGUUUUCAUUCUUGUAUAUUGUACUGCUGGCAUUUCUGGUGGUCAUAUUAAUCCAGCAGUGACCUUUGGGCUAUUCCUUUCAAGGAAAAUAUCCCUAAUAAGAGGGCUAUUGUACAUUAUAGUUCAAUACUUGGGAGCCAUUUGUGGUGCUGCUCUAGUGAAGGCCAUUUAUAAAUCUAAGUACGAACAUUACGGUGGUGGCGUUAACUUGAUCGCGCCCGGCUAUACUAAGGGCGUUGCAUGGUCCGCGGAGAUGAUCGGAACUUUUGUUCUUGUUUACACGGUUUUAUCAGCCACUGACUCUAAGAGGAAUGCUAGAGACUCACAUGUUCCUGUGUUAGCACCUCUACCAAUUGGAUUUGCUGUGUUUUUGGUCCACUUGGCUACAAUCCCAAUUACUGGCACAGGGAUCAACCCUGCUAGAAGUCUUGGAGCUGCGGUCAUCUACAAUAAAGAAAUAGCAUGGAAGGACCUUGGGAUUUUUUCUGGAGGACCUUUCACAGGAGCAAUUAUUGCAGCAAUCUACCAACUAAUAUUGAGGGGAUGCAAAUGGAGAUAAAUGGCGCAACAUAUAUUUGCUCUACAAUAGGUGUUGUGAUUUAUGAAGUUUAGUUUGUGGAAACAAUGUUGAUUUGUGUUGGUUUUGGUUGCAUUAAUCAGCUCAAAAUUGAAUCUUUUGCUAGCAAUUCUUUAUACUUUUAUAACAGGUUAGCAGUAUCAAAUCGAUGAAUUGAGUUAA